AUGUUACCGAUCGUCAUUUUGCUUAUCUGCGUGGGUUGGAGAAUCCUCAAGAGGCGAAAAGAGGAAGAGAAAGAAGAAAAUGACUACUUAAACGUAAAAACCAGAUCCAUCGAUCCUGAUGAGUCGUUCAAAUUGAACUCAGACGACGAGAGCAUUCCUUAUAAGAAAGAUACCACAGACGACAGUCCGGAACCAACGGAGGCAGUCAAGGUCGUAGAAAAUGAACAGCCAAGCUUUUAUGGUCAGCCCUAUCAAGAGCAACCACAACAGAAUCAGAACCGCCAAUGGGCCGGUGAAACUGAAAUCAAU